AACUUUACCUAAGAAUCGGGGGAGGCCUCAGGGCCCGGGAAACUGACAGGGCUGCCCGGAAUAGUGCCCCCUGCUCCGCCAUGGACGAACAGGAAGCUCUGAAGUCCAUUAUGAAGGACCUUGUUGCCCUCCAGAUGGGUAGAAGGCACAGAAUACCAGGAAUUGAGGCAGUAAAGACAAAGUGCAGCAUACAGCCCAAUAAACAGACGGAUGUCAGAAUAAAGUUUGAGCACAGUGGGGAGAGAAGAAUCCUACAGUUUUCUAGGCCUGUAAAGUUUGAAGAGGUGGAACAGAAAGUAAAGAAUGUCUUUGGGCAACAGCUGGAUCUCUAUUACAUGAACAAUGAGCUCUCCAUUCCCCUCCGAAGUCAGGAUGACCUGGACAAGGCUGUGGAUCUUCUGGACCGGAGUUCCAGCAUGAAAAGCCUCCGGAUUUUGUUGCUUUCUCAUGAUAAGAAUCAUAUAUCCUCAUCCCAUUCUGGUAUCCAGAAGCAAGUGCGUAUAAAGGCCUCUCAGUCUGUGGGAGACAUUAGCACUGUGUAUCACCCAGCAGAACCACGAAGCCGGCAUCUCUCAGUCACUUCUCAGAACACAGGCCGCAGCUCCCCUCCUCCUGGAUACGUACCUGAAAGGCAGCAAAGAAUUGCCCGCCAGGGUUCUUACACCAGCAUUAACAGUGAGGGAGAGUUCAUACCAGAGACCAAUGAGCAGUGUGCACUGGACCCACUGAGUAGUACAGAAAAUUCCAUAUCCGGCAGCUGCCAGUCACUUGAUCAGUCGGAAGACAGCCCUUCCUUCAGGAAGUCUCGUAUGUCCCGAGCCCAGAGUUAUCCAGAUAAUAGACAAGAUUUCUCAGAUCGUGAAAAUCAAUUCUCUGAUCGAGCUGGGAAGGGUGGCACGUACCCUCGGAGGUAUCAUGUGUCCAUUCAACAUAAGGAGUAUAAUGAUGGGCGCAGGACAUUUCCUCGGAUACGGCGUCCACAAGGAAACCUUUUUACACUUGUGCCAUCCAGUCGUUCUUUGAGCACCAAUGGAGAAAACCUUGGUUUAACUGUACAGUAUAUGGAAAAUCGUGGUCGGCUGCGCAAUGCUGAUAGUGAGAAUACCCUGACUGUCCAGGAGAGGAAUAUAUCUAGCAAAUCUCCCAGUGCCCCUAUAAAUUGGCGUCGAGGGAAGCUUCUUGGUCAGGGAGCCUUUGGAAGGGUGUAUCUGUGUUAUGAUGUGGAUACAGGACGUGAACUGGCCGCUAAGCAAGUCCAGUUUGAUCCAGACAGUCCAGAAACUAGCAAGGAGGUUAGCGCUUUGGAGUGUGAAAUUCAACUGCUAAAAAACCUUCAUCAUGACCGAAUAGUACAGUAUUAUGGGAGCCUGCGAGACAAAGGAGAGAAAACACUCACCAUCUUUAUGGAAUACAUGCCAGGGGGCUCAGUGAAAGAUCAGCUAAAAGCUUAUGGGGCUCUUACAGAGAACGUCACCCGCAGAUAUACACGACAGAUCCUAGAGGGUGUCUCCUACCUGCACAGCAACAUGAUUGUGCACAGGGACAUUAAGGGAGCCAACAUCCUGCGGGACUCUGCAGGGAAUGUGAAGCUGGGAGACUUUGGGGCAAGUAAGCGUCUCCAGACUAUAUGCAUGUCGGGGACAGGAAUCCGCUCAGUGACUGGGACACCCUAUUGGAUGAGCCCAGAAGUAAUCAGUGGGGAGGGCUACGGGAGAAAAGCUGAUGUCUGGAGCCUGGGCUGCACUGUGGUGGAAAUGCUUACAGAAAAACCUCCUUGGGCUGAAUAUGAGGCAAUGGCAGCCAUAUUUAAAAUUGCCACACAGCCAACCAACCCACAGCUGCCUCCAAAUACUUCAGAGCAAUGUCGGGACUUUGUAAAACGAAUACUGGUGGAAGCACGACAGAGGCCAACUGCUGAGGAACUGAUUCGGCAUCCAUUUGCUCAGCUAACUUUUUGAGUCUCUGGAAUCACUGUUUCCUUCUUCUUUAUUGGACCUUAAUGGGAUGCCUUUCAAAGAGCUAUGUUGGAGUCAAUCAAGCAGCCAAAUUUCAGAUUUGCGUUCAUGACAAUCAUCCCCAUGCUGUAUCUAGAGCAGGUUCUAGAGCCAGCAGCUGGGGAGACUCGAUCAGUGUUAGAGCAUUGGAGCAAUUGUUUCAUUCUGUCUCCUAAAGUUCAGAUUCCACAAGUGUCAAAUUGGGGGUCCCCUCCCCACUCGCCACAAGACAGAUGCUGGUAACUGAAUUUGAAAAGCUAUGGAGAGAUUAAAGCUACAUAAAAUAGGGCGCACGCCUGCUUCCCAGACAAGUGCCUUAACUAACUCCUACUGUACCAGGGAUGCCAAGUGACUGUGGCCAGAAGGCCCUUCUCAUUGUAAGUCAGACUUUACAGGAGAAGUUAACCCAAUGCUGCCAAAAGUUGAUGGCAAUGCCUUUCAAGUACCUUCUUGCAAAAAUUAUCUCGGGGGUUUAGUGACCUUUAACCCUGCUUGGAAAAUACAGAUAUGCCAACUCUUACCUACAGAGAUAACUACCAUCACAGCAUGCAAAGGAUAAAGCCAUCAUGUGCCUUGUUGCAGCCAGAGGAAGCAGGGUUGUGUGACAUUAUAACAAGAUAUUUUUAUACACAGAAAAAAAAACGUGGUUCUCAGCAUCAAUAGAGACUUUACCCAGGGCUCAGUAGGUGCUUAUUUACUUCCAGACCAAAGCAAUCCUUUUGUUUGUGUUUUUAUAUAUAUUAUUUUUAACUGUAGGAAGCAAGGAGGUAAUAAUCAUUCCGAGACCAUAUUAUGUAUGGCUGCAGGUUGUAUUAUCAGUGUCAGCAAAAAGGAGGUGCCAACCAAUGACGUGAGGUUACAAUGUGCGUUUGUGUGAAUGUUUGUAAGUAUGGGAGGGUGCAUUUCUUCUACAAUAGUGUUGUUAUUUGUAUUUUGCUUAAGCUGAACCCUGCAGAGUAAUUAUCCUGCACAACCAUACCAAACAAAGGGAAACUAUGAGAGGCCAGCGUAGAAUGCUGCCCAAAAUGGGUAGGGAUCUACCUGCAUACUGUAGCGUGAUGGAGUGACUUUAGUGCACACCCUGCCAUGAAAUGCAUGGAAAUGAAUGUGGUUUUGCACCACACUGGAAUAAGGGAUUGUGUUAUAUGCUGCUUUCCAGAUGGCUCAGGCUUAAUAUAAACUGAUAAUGACACGUCUCUGAAUAUUUCUAUCCAUAUAUUGCACUUCAGCCAUAUGGGAACCUGUCGUUAACUGUAGACAGCUUGUUUAAUGCAGGCUAAGAUGUCGACAAUGUAAAAUGUUGUGUAAAGCAUAUACAGCACAAAGUGAGGCUCAGCUAAGUGAUAAAUAUUGAAAAUAUGUAACAUGCACCAUAUCUGAACCGCUAAUGUCACAGAUUAUGACACACUGAUGCUUAAAACUUGCAAAAGGAAGUAAUUAUGUGAUGACAGUACCUGUCAUUAACGUUAUAUUGACUAUUUUUAUAUAAUCCAAAAAGUGCAACAUGUAGGGGGAAAAUGUGCAUAUGAAUAUAUGAUAUAUGAAUAUGAGAUGUGUCAAUAUCAAUGCUCGUGCAUUUUGGAAAGGAGGGAAUAUUUGGAGUAAUGUAAUACCACCUAUUGGGAGGUAGCAAAGUGGAAUUUACUACAUCUGAUUGGUUAAUAUGGGUUACUAGACCUGGUAUAGAGUUUGCAACUCUUAUAACAUUACUCAUUUUAGUGUUCUGCAUGUUUUUCAGUACACCACUGAUAUCUAGGGAAUGCAUGUAUCCGUACAGUUAUGCCACACUGCUAGCAUGGCGCAGCCAUCGCUCUUUAUGAAUUUUUAUAGUUCUCGGUUGUGUAUAUGAUAUGCAUGGCAGCGUUGGGUCAAAUAGAUCCUGUGCCCUCUACCUGCCAAGAACUAGUGCUAAUUAGAGAGCUACAAGAGCUCCUUGUGCAGGCCUUGUGUGCCAGUUGCAACUAGUGUCGUUUCCCAGUAACCUGCUCCAUCCGUACUUUCUAAUCAGGCUCCACCUGGUCUGCAGUGCUGGAACUUCGGGUAGGUAGGUUAGUGCAGGCACAUAUCUAGGACAAGGUAGGCAGGGGGCACAGUACAAAUCAGCAGACAGACUGGCUGGAGGGGAAGUAAGCAAGAAGUGACAGCCACUGGAGGGGUAGGGCAGCAGGGGGUUGGGAAGAUUUCGGGUUCAAGUUGGGCACCACGCCGAUUAGUAUUGCCUUGGUUGUCAGUACUACCUGGUCUGGAUCUACUGGACUGUUUUUUUUUUUGCUGCUGUAAAGAUGAGGAAUGCACUAAAGGUUUGUGCGCCUAAACUAAAGGGGCAGUUUACACUUGUAUUCAACCAUAUUUGAUGUUAAGUACAAGACCUAUUAAUUAAGCUUAUGUUUGCUGCCCCUUUACCACUGCCUCAUAAUAACAGUCUGUCUCACGUUUCCAACAAAUUCACUUCACAGACAACAAAGAAAUGUCUGUGUUUGGCAAUUGGUCAACUUCCUCCCCCCAGUUAUAAGUCUGUGUUUUCAAAAAUUUAGUUUCAACAUAGCUGUACCCAGACUUCUGGUGUCAAAGAUAUUGUCUGUACGACCGCUGCAAGGGUCAGUGCUGGCUUUAUAGCACCCAUGGCGUAGUGUUAGGCCCACCCCACUUUUAUGUGAAAUGCUGCACUUGUGUACUAGAGCGCCCAUUUAGCGCAGACUUUGUUUGUCCGUGUGCUUAAAUGCAGUAUAAAUGCAGUAUUGAUAGCGGUUAUUUUUCUGUCUGGUGAAAUUUAGCAGGAAUGGUUACCAGGUAACUUUUGCUUACAAAGUAUACUAAGUAUAUUAUUAAAGACAGAGAAUAUGUUUAUCAUUUUCUUUUUGCAGGGGUUGCGUGGGUGGGGGGGGGGGGAGAACUACUUUAUGGUGCUGAUUUCAACUGAAUUUUAACAAAACAAAUUGCUUUAUCUGAUGUAUUUCAUUUCCCCCUUAAAAAAGUGCUAGUUUUCUUAAAUACCUUGCUUAUAAACUGCCCUGCAUGAUGAGGCUGAGGUAGGUGGAAUAUUUUAUUUCUUUUAUAAGGCUUAACACUGAUGCCACUUUUGUCAUAUGCACUUUGCCCAUGGGAAAGCAAGGCCAAACUGAACCAAUCGGGUGUGAAGCCUUCUGCUCAAAUGAUGAACCCUACCGCCCCCCACAACCAGCUCACACAAUUUGGGACAUCAGCUGAUUGGAUUUUCAUAGGUUCACCUCUGAUUGGAUGUUGAUAUCUCAUUCCACAGGUGACACUGAAGCUCUUACGUGACCCAAUUAAUCACUGGUGGGAGGUGGGCCAGUACCACUUUCGCUUUGCCAUUUUAAGGCCCUAAAUUAGUAUCUCUUUUUAACUUUCAGUUAUCAAGUAAAGCAUAAGUAAACUUUGCAAACAUACAAAAUUUUUAUUGCCUGGGGGUUAUUUUGAUAAUAGAUAAAUAUUUCGGCACUAAAACUUGGGACAAUGAGAAGCCCCCCUAUCAUGCCGAACUGUAUAAAUCAAUCAAUAACCUCAUACUGUAAGCCUAACUAGCAGUUCAUUUAGAUUUAUGCUGCAAAAUGCCUGGGUACUGUGCAGCCAUGUACUAUAUGGGGGCUAUUUACUAACCAUUGAUUUUUUUUAUUUUUAGCGUGUCAGACAUUCGUGGAAGUAAGUUUAAUCAAAUUUUUCAAAAUAAAAAUGAGAAAUGUUUUAGUAUAUCUGCCCCUAUAUGUAUAAAUGUUUCAGUAUAAAGAUGGCCGAUUGGCCAGUGCCAAGAGACUGCAAAGAGGCCCAAAUGAGAGAGGCGACCAGACAUUACAUAUAUAACACAUGUUGCUGAAUGUUAAUACUGGACAACAUCUUCCCAUUUUGUUUGCAAGGUUUAUUUAUGCUUUAAUAUAACGACACAGCAAAAUGCUUUUGUUGUGACGACACAGGAGCUUUGUCCUUCUAUCCCAUCCUUUCUAACAUAUGUGUUUCAUUUCAUGAUUUUCACAUAGUGCGCUUUAGGAACAUGCUCGCCAUAGCGGCUUGCCGCUGGAAAGCUUCUGCUACAUGUGGCAUGCUUUAAUUGGAUUGAACAAGUUUACAACUUUCCCAGCGGUAGGGACUACUUGGAAUAGGAAAUGUGUGUUUAAGAUGAGCCCCGGGUUAAAGGGAAAGCCACAUGUGUUUUUAGAGCCAUCAUGGUGUUACUGCAGUGAUAGAAUCUUAUUGGCUGCCCUGAGAUCCCUGACAAUAGCACCCUGCUGAAGAAAAGUCCUAUAUGUUGUUAGCAGACAUUUUGCAAAUUGACUGAACAGUCAAAAUGGCAAGUGUGCCCAAGCCCUGAAAACUCCUGGGUUUUACUUCUUUUUUGCUUACAUAUUUUAAAGGGAAACUCACCCCUUUAUGGCAUCCAAUAUGCUGUACAGAGCUGUUCUUCUCUGGCCUGCAUAGCAGAAACACACUGGUGACCUUAAGGGAUAUCAUUAUUCAAUGAAUGAUAAUAAAGACAGGCAAAAAAGCAUUCACCAUUUUAUAUCUGCCUAUUUAAUUCUUCUUCCCUGAGCAGCUCAAAUCUUUCUGUGCUGGCCACCACCAAUGUCCGUCACAGGCCAGGACACAAUGUAUUGUGUUUGACAUGAAGCAGAUACAAGGGGCUACCUAUAAUGGCUGGCAGAAUUUGAGAACAGCUAGACACCACUCACCACCCUGCAACAAAAGGCAAGAAGUAGUAUUUACAUUGUUUAAUUUGCUAUAGGUCCUGAGUCCUAUGUGCUUCCCUGUCCCUUUACAUGUAUGUACUUCCUACAUGUGCUGCAUUGAAGAGAUACACUAGGCCUUGCAUAUCUUCUACUGUUUGUACUGGCAUAGGGUGGCACCGGUGUUCUUUCCCAUUGGACUGGAGGAAACAGCUCCUUAAUACAAGUAUGGUAUCUAUUAUCCACAAACCCCUUUUUAUUUGUAGUAAUUAAACAGUUCCAUACUGGUUGCAAAACAAUCCUUUGUAGGGGGGGAGGGGAAUUUGUUCAUAAGUCCCCUUAUCUGGAAAACAAGGUCCCAGGCAUUCCAGAUAAUAGGUCUUAUACCUGUAGCAAUUGCACUUACACAAUAACACAAAACUACAUUUUGUAGAAUGCAACAGAGGGGCAUGAUCCCUAAAUGGGGUCUAAAACAUGUUUUAGUUGUAAAAGUUACACUUGUAGCUUAAUGACUCAGACGUCAAGUCUCAGAUUAAAAGCAAAAAAAAAGAUAUUUUAUGCUUCUUCCUCAUGAAGAAUAGAAUGCAGUAAUGUAUUCUAUGGAGGGGUGUAGAGCGAUCACUCCCUUUGUAAAGAGGAAGAUGACUGGGGGGGUGCUUAGUAUAUUGAAGCAGGAAUGUAUCCUUGCAUCGACCCACCUCCUGCCAGACUUGCGCUCCCUGGCAGGGGAGGAGUGAAACGUUAGUGCGCCGCCAAUGAAUGAUGAUGCUAUAUACUGUGUUCCUCUACGUGGGAGGAACGAGUGCCAAAGGGAAUAUCCCAUUUACUGUAUAAAUCUCUAUAAAUAUAAAUAUAUAUAUACUGACCUGGGGCUUGCAGUGCAGAGCCCUUGCAAUGUAUCCUGUUUUUAUUUGUUAUUAUUUACAAUAAAAAUGUCCAUUUAUAUGA